AUGCAUAACUGCAAGCCUGCUCCUACGCCUGUCGACACGAAGGCUAAGGUGUCCACCAUCGAGCGUUCUUCGGCGUCUGGCGCUCCCUUAUACCGCUCCAUCGUCGGUGCUCUUCAGUACCUCACGCUGACACGUCCGGACAUUCAGUACGCUGUCCAGCAGAUGUGCCUUCACAUGCAUGCUCCUCGUGAUACUCAUUGGGCUCUGGUGAAACGUAUUCUCCGGUACAUACGUGGCACCACUGCUAUGGGUCUCACCUUGACGGCAUCACCUGACACCAGCCUUGUCGCCUACUCUGACGCCGACUGGGCUGGGUGUCCCGACACUCGACGCUCCACUUCCGGCUACUGCGUCUACCUCGGGCCCUCUCUAAUUUCAUGUUCGUCUAAACGACAACCCAUGGUCUCACGAUCGAGCGCUGAGGCUGAGUACAGGGUUGUGGCGUCGCGGAGUGCUCUUGGCUACGACAGCUACUUCAGGAGUUGCUAUGUGAGGUUACCAAGGCGACGCUUGUCUACUGUGACAACGUCUCCGCGGUGUACGCCGCUGCCAACCCUGUCCAUCACCGACGGACGAAACAUAUUGAGCUCGACAUUCACUUCGUCAGGGAGCACGUCGCACUUGGUCGCGUUCGAGUUCUACAUGUGCCCACCAAUCAGCAGUUCGCCGAUGUUAUGA